GAAGAGACACGCAAACAUAUCCAUUAGGGUCACAACGGUUCUUGCAGCAGCUUAUUACCAGAAAGGAAAGAAAGCCGAAAUUUUUUGUCUGAAGAUAAGAGUUUUAAAGUGGUAGUUUUGUUUCUGGGUACUACUGUGUCAGGUGAAGAGAUACGAAGAUGGAAAACGCAGAAGAACUUGUCUCCAUUGAGCUACCAGCUCCUGCUUCAUGGAAGAAACUGUUUUAUCCGAAAAGAACGGGUACUCCGAGAAAGACAGAGAUUGUGUUCGUUGCCCCAACGGGUGAAGAGAUCAGCUCGCGGAAGCAGCUGGAGCAGUAUCUGAAGGCUCAUCCUGGGAAUCCUCUCAUCUCUGAGUUUGAGUGGACGACUGGGGAAACUCCAAGGAGGUCGUCAAGGAUCAGCCAAAAGGUGAAGGCAACAACGCCUACUCCCGACAAAGAACCCCUCAUGAAGAAGAGAAGAUCUUCUCUCACAAAGAAGGACAAUAAGGAGGCUGCUGAGAAGAGCGAAGAGGCUGCUGUGAAGGAGAACAUGGAUGUUGACAAGGAUGGACAGAAGGAAAACGCGGAAGCUGAGAAGGAGGAAGUGACAGCAAUUGCAGAUGCCCAAAAGGAGAAUAAAGAGGGUGACAAGACUGAGGUUGAGAAGGAGGGUCAAGCAGAAAUUGUAGAGGGUGAAAAGACUGAAGUUGAGAACAAAGAGGGAGAAGUUGUGGCGGACAAGAAAGAUCCCAUGGAAGUGGAUAUCUCUGAGUUGGAGAAGAAGACUGAGAGUGGAGCUGAGAAACCUUCCAAAGUUGAAGGCCUAAAGGACACUGAAAUGAAAGAACCGCAGGAAGUUGUUGCUGAGGGUGAUGGAGAGAAGAAGCCUACAGAGGAAGAGACCGAGAACAAGGGCAGUAUGACAACAGAAGCUAACGGAGAACAGAAUCUUGAUGCAGAUGCUGAAGCAAAUAAGGAAAAAGAAUCCAAAGAAUCUGAUGCAAAGAAGACAGAAGCUGAGGCAAACAAGGUGAAUGAAACUGAUGAGAAGAAGACAGAAGCUGAGACAAAUAAGGAGAAUGAAACUCAAGCACUUGAUGAGAAGAAGACAGACGCUGUAGCAAAUAAGGAGAACGAAACCAAAGAAUCUGAUGUUAAGAAGACGGAAGCUGCAGCAGAGGAGAAGAGUAACGACAUGGAGGCAGAGGACACAAACAGAAGCUUGGAGACGAAUCAAGUUCAACAGGGAGCUGCAGCUUCCGUUAGCUGUUAAAACUUAUAUCGUUCUGUACAGAGCACAGAACGUGAAGAGUUUGUUGUGAUUUCAGGUGUAGCUUUAACAUUAUGAGUGGUUGUUGUAUGUGUUGGUAGAUCUAAUGUCUAUGUAGUUCAGUUCAUUAUCAUUUGACGUUUGUACGUUUGUACUUUGUUGUAUUAUUAAUGUUAGGCAUUUAGACUG